AGCGAAGAUCAAUUGUCGGCAGAGGCAUUGGUAAUGUUGAAGAGAGGGCAGAGGUUCGUGGAGUUUGCAAAAUUGAAGCUUUUUUCUAUUGAAGUUUUUUUGCAAAAGAUUUUUCACUCUACUUCUUCUUCCAAUUAGAAUUGCAGAGAUGGGUAGAGAUAUAAUAGCAUUGGAUAGUUUAACUGUCAAUAAUAUAGGAACUUUCAAGAAAAUCAAUGAGGUUGUUUUGCCAACCAGAUACGGUGAGAAUUGGUAUAAGGAUUCGUUGAAUAAGGACCAAAUUGUUCAACUUGGUUACUAUGCUGAAUUACCAGUUGGUGCAGUUAAGGCUAAAGCCAUUAAUACAUCUUAUAAGAAUCCAAACCAUGAGGCAUCUCAACAGACCUCCAACCAGACAAACAUCAUACCUAAUGCUGUUUAUAUCGAAAGCUUUGCUGUUUUGAAAGCUUAUAGAGAUUUAGGUAUUGGAUCCCGUUUAUUGCAAUAUGUUAUUGACAAAACUAAGGAAAAAUUCAUUCAUCAGAUUGUAAUUCAUGUUCAUGUUGAUAAUAAACACGCCAUUGAUUGGUAUUUGAAAAAAGGUUUUACAAAAGAUGAUGAAAUCCUCAAAGAUUAUUAUAAAGAACAAGGUUUAUCAAAUCCUGAUGCUGUUAUUUUAAGCUUAUCUAUAUAA